ACUAAUGCCAGUGAAUGGUUCACUACAGCAAGUGUGCCUGGUACAUUUUCUGCCAAUAUUCACGAUCCUUGUACACAGGCAGCUUUUCAAACUGAAAUGACUAGUGCUGUUGAACAUGCUGCUACAGCAAGUGCAGUAAAUGCUUAUGCUAGCCUUGUGAAAGGUAAAUAUUUGCUAUAAUAUUUCAGAAUCUCAAUUAUUACUUUGUUGCAUUUAUUGAAGAUGUGAUAGAUUUCAAGUUUGUCUCCAUUUUCAGAUAUUUUUCACCCAUGUGAGGUGUCACCUCAACUUUUUAUGGAUGUUUCUUAUGGUAUGUUCCUUUCAAUAUACAGUUAUUAGUGCCAAUUGAGGGUAAAUUAUAGU